AUGAUCAAGCCGAGGAGGGAAUCUUAUAAUCAGGCCAAUAAACCGCUAGAAGAGCCAGCCGAAGCCGUUGAAUUCCCGAUUCUAUCUCAAGCAAAGCCCUCGGGGCCUAAAAAAUGUCUACUAGCUCUCAAGGCGGCGCCGAGUCACUAUGCGGAAGAUGGGUGUUAUUUUCUCGAAUUUGAUGAGAGUGAUGCGUCGGAGAAGCAGUUUCUAUUCUUUGCGAAGGUACUUCACUGGAUCGGGCUACGUUUCGAUCCACGAUUCAGUUGUGGCGUGACGUCGCUGCGCUUUUUAUGGCUAUCUGUCAUAAUUUGCGUGGGGAUUUAUAGCGCGGUCUUUGAUACCCUUCAAAUGAUCACAAAUUUUGAGCAAAAAGCUGCGCCCUCGACGCUGACUUUCCUGGUGAUGGCCGUGCAGCUCGUGACGGUUAUGCUCUUGAUGACAUUCUGGCAACGCCAUCUGUCAUUUGAGAAAUUUUUUCACUAUUACCGUCAUGCGCGGGACGCAGAAGAAUCUUAUUUAGAAUUGGAGAAGAACGCGUCCAUCGUCCGAAAUCUGCGUCGUUUCUGGACCACCCAGGCCUACGUGCUUCUGACUGUGGCGUCAUUUUCCUAUGUGUUAACUUCCAGCCAUCGCUACGAUAUAAUCCACAGCCAACAUGCGAAGGUUUUCUACUUUGAGAAAUUGGUCUACAUCCGCCCGGUGGCAUGCUUUAUUUACUGCACUGUGCUUAACGUCGCCUUGCACACCUACAUCUGUCUAAGCAACGCCAUCUACUGGGAAGCCAAGAAAUUUAACGUGAAGUUAUAUUCGCUGAAAGCUGAUAGUAGUGCGGAGAUGAAAUUCAAGCUGGAGCAUUUGAUCCGAUUGUCGGCGAGGAUCCACCGGACCGUCAGGGAGUUGGACUCGAUUUAUAAGAUCUACGCCUUUUUCACGAUCACCCUCAUCAUUCCCUCGUCCCUGUUCGUGAUGUUGAUGGUCUUCUCGCGGAAGACGGCGGUGGAGAUGGCCAUCAGCAUGCCAGCCGUCCUUUUCUGCGUUUAUCAAUACUAUGGUAUCAUGUAUCCGGCUCGGCUGCACGACGAGCUAAAUCGUUCGAAAGCUGCGUUGUGCAUGAAUCAUCACGUUUGGGUGCCGUAUGAGAAGAGCGUCAACAAGCUGGCACAAACACUUGUGAUGCACGUCGAGCAAGCCGACCUCGGGAUCUCCCUCUGGGGCUUCGCCAUCGUUACAAAGCCCCUGAUUCUCACCACCGUUUCUGUCCUAAUGACGUGCCUGGCCUUCCUUCUCGAGCUUCGCCCACGCCCUGGCCAAGCAAUCACAGCUUCCGAAAACCAGACAAUUUCCGGA